AUGGAGAAACUGUCAGACCGAACGCGGCCCGGAUCGAAGAGCUGUACCGACUGUCGUCGUCGAGAAGUGGAAUGCGUCUUCGACGACGACCAGUCUGAGUGUCAGCAGUGCAUCAAACACUAUCUCACCUGCCAGCCGCAGAAUGAAGACUCAUCUCCCCAAGACAGAGAUGAAACCCUUCAAGAGUUCUCGCUGUUUGCCAGAAAGGUUGAGUCACGAAUGAUUCUUCUGCAGACUGCAAUCGAACUCUUGGCUCGCAGAGUUGACUCGCAAACCAGCAACCGCGUCAACUAUAGUAGUGAGCCAAGCUACCGGGCUGUGAGCCAGCUACUUGAGAUACCGCAGACACCACAAACGCGUUUGACGGACUCGCUUAAGGGGCUUGUACCUGACAGGUCGGCUCUCACCAGGAUUCUGGAACAUAGUAGCAAGUUCACCCAGAACUGGGCGAGCUGGCCUCUAGCAACGGUGUCAUACCAACAGCAAGACGACGACUCUGUCCCUGUCGAAACAGUUACAGUGUUUGAUGCUGGAUUUCCAACCGACGUCAACUCAGCUUUGGCCUUCAUUGACAAGUCAUUGUCCCCAAACCGCCAGAAACCACCAGACCCUGGCGCUGCCGCAAAAUGCAUAGUUUGGCUCUGUCUCUCCAUCAAGGAGUUACCAAUGAGGUUCAAGUAUGUCGACAAUCGAGCACCACCACCCUUUGAGCCAAGACAUGUCAUUGAGAAUUGUAUCUCCAAAGUUGAAGCACUGUAUCGCAUCAGCUCAACACCGGUCUGCAACAUAGACUUUGUCCAGGCCCUUCUCCUCCAAGGCGAGCUAUCUCUCUCCAUAGGUCGCCCGACCAAGGCAUGGAAGUGUAUCAGGACUGGCAUUGAGAACGCCAUGCUUCUGGGAGUACACCAGGGCCGGUCUAGCCUGGAUCGGGCUAUUUGGGAAGAGUUAUGGAUUCGAGACCGACAGCUUUCACUCUUCCUUGGGAUGCCCCAUGCAGUUCCCGCACAAUUGGGGCCCAGGGUAGUAGAGGAAGAGUACCCCCUUGCGGAAAAGGAAGCUAUUCGCCAGAUAGCCAAGCUAUCGGGUCUUCUUACAAGCCAGACCCUCAUGAGGGAAGACACUACUAGUGCCACGAUCAACCGCACACUUGAAGAAAUGGAAGAAUUGAAUGCAAUGAUUCCGGAGCAUUGGACCAAAGGACACCUGAGAUAUGUCCCCUAUCUCCCACACGCCUCGACCCGCGCCAAAAUCAAGAUCCUCUAUCAUUCAUUCGAACUUAUGCUAAACUGGCCUAAGUGUCAACUGUCAAACAUGAAUCCUGGGAGAGUUGACGACUUUGAGCCUUCAAGAAAGGCGAUACUAGCAUCAGCACAGGAGAUCAUAAAGGCCCAAGAAGCCAUGAGAGCCCCGGAAGUCGAGCCGGACACGGUGAUGAGGGCUGACUUUGUGGACUUCCUUGCUUUCAAGGCUGCGCUUGUCAUGAUAGCUGUGAUGAAACACAGGGCGAACCCCAUGCCGGUUGAAGAGAGCAAACCUCUCUGGAAGAUGAUCGAUGAGCUGGGAGACAGAUUCCAACAGACGACUAAGACAUACGAUGACCAGUUUGCCAAGCAGGCUUGCCUCAUUCUCAAGAUUCUGUUCUGCGCAAGCGAAGGGGAUUAUAUCUGGUGUGGAACGUAUGAAGCAGCCAUCCCCUACUUUGGCAGACUCCAGAUUCGUAGAGUCAUCCUCGCAAGGGACUGGGCUAAACACAGCGACAAGGACACAAACCUAAACAGAAUAGCUGUCGUGAUGGAGUCGGACAAUGUCGUUUUUGGACCGCAGUAUGAUCGUAUCCCGGAGCUGGAACUGGCAGCGGACUGGACUGAGCGGGGACGUUCCAGGGUCUAUGGAUGGAGAACAUUUUUUGAGUUUGACUGUUUGACUCGAGAAGGGUUUUAG